AUGCAUGUUGGCAGAAGUCCUAGACCUCUGGUGGAUUGUGAUGGACGCGUAUUUGGAGCACUCGCUGGAUGUCCUCGUGACCCACAGUGGGGCGACGUGGCAAAGGAAGCCGGUGACUUUAUCUUACGAUCCAAAGAACUUUGUGUCUUCAGCCCAAAACAAGCAACCCAUCGCCGGGGCAACUACCCAUCAUUGGCAGAAGGAAUCUCAUAUGGCGGAGGUCAGAAGCGUGUCGAUAAUUUGAAAAACAGCACCAACAACACCAGAGUACUCAACACGCUGAAUCAAAAUGUGGCCAUCUGUCGCCUCACCAAGUUUGGCAAUGCUGCACUACAACUCUUUGCCCCCGGGUUGUAUAAUUUCUAUGAGGAGAACAUCGCUAAGCUGAAGGAGGACAACCAGAGCCUCUGCUCAAAUUUCAAUGGCUCAGUUUUUGGCGGUGCGACCUACAACUUUGGCCCCAACGUGGUCACUGCAAUGCACACCAACCACGCAAAUCUUGCAUGGGGCUGGUGUUCGGUCACAGCCCUGAGGAAUUUUGAUCACAAGCAAGGAGGACAUUUAAUAUUGUGGGACCUUCGCCUUGUCAUCGAGUUUCCUGCAGGUGCUACCAUCCUCAUCCCUUCCGCCAUCUUGCUUCAUUCAAACGUCAACAUAAAUGCAAAUGAAACACGCUGUUCAUUCACUCAGUACUCCGCUGGUGGGCUGUUCAGAUGGGUAGAUUGCAGAUUUCAGACACAAAAACAAUUCGAAGCAGAAGGGGGAGACAUGAAACGGCUUGGGCCUGAACGUUGGAAACAUGGGCUGAGCAUGCUCUCAUGGUGGAAGGACUUUAAAUUAUAG